CCACCCUCGGCGCUCUUCCCGCGUGCCCCCCUGCAGGACGCAGGGGCGAGGCGCUGCAGCGAGGAGCGCUGCCAAGGAGGCGAGCGGGGCAGGCGGAGCCUAGCGCGCCGCGCCGGCCCUGGCCGGGGAGGGGGCGCGAGGAAGGCGCUGCGGCCAGGUGAACGAGGUGCAGGGGGCGGCUGGGCUGCAGGAGGGCAGUCUUGGGCCUGAACACCGAUUCGGCAGUGGACACGGCCCUAGAUACGUCACACAAACUCCAGCGCGGCCGCAAUUCCCUCGGGUGCCCGGAGCCCGGCCCCGCAGGGCCAGCCCGGACUAUAAAAACUGACAAGGCGGAGGCAGGUGCCACAGCCGAGGGGGCCUUCGGUGGCGGGACCGGGCUGGAGCCGGACCGCCAGGGUGCCGCCCCGGCCGUCCUCCCGCUCGCCGGCCCUCCGCGCGGCCCUGCCGCUCCCGGGUACCAGCGCGGGUCCGGGGCGGAGCCGGCCGGACGCCGGGGGCGGGGCUGGCGGAGGACCUCGUCUCCCCUUCCGGCUACGUCCGCAAUGUCGGCCUAUCAGGCUGGAGCGAAGGACCGGUGCUGGGCGGGGCCACACCGUCAUUGGACCCCGCUCGAGGGGGCGGGGCACGCGCCGAAGCGGAAGUGGGUCGGCGCGGUGCUGAUGACGUAGAGCCGCGGUGGCGGUGGAUUUCCGGUGGCGCCUGUGUACGCGGCCCGCGCCUUCCGCUGCGCCCGCUCUCCGCCCCGCGCCCGCGCCCGGUCUCGGCCCCGGCCCGCCGCCGCCCGAACAUGGACUCCGCUGGCCAAGAUGUCCCCGUUGAUGCAGCUGUGGCUACCCAGAGUCCUGCUGUUGAGGGCCUGACGGAGGCGGAGGAGGAGGAGCUCAGGGCUGAGCUCGCAAAGGUGGAGGAAGAGAUCGUGACGCUGCGCCAGGUGCUGGCCGCCAAGGAGAGGCACUGCGGGGAGCUGAAGCGGAAGCUGGGCCUCUCCGCCCUGGAGGGCCUGAGACAGAACCUGUCGCGGAGCUGGCAUGACGUGCAGGUCUCGAGCGCCUAUGUGAGAACUUCUGAGAAACUCGGAGAGUGGAACGAAAAAGUGACCCAGUCGGACCUCUACAAGAAGACUCAGGAAACCCUCUCCCAGGCGGGACAGAAGACCUCAGCUGCCCUGUCCACUGUGGGCUCUGCCAUCAGCAGGAAGCUUGGAGACAUGAGGGCUCGUCCGUUCUCGCACUCCUUUAGCAGCAGCUCCUCCAUCCGUCACUCCAUCAGUAUGCCAGCCAUGAGGACUUCCGCCACCUUCAAGUCCUUUGAAGACCGAGUUGGCACCAUCAAGUCCAAGGUCGUGGGCGGCAGAGAGAACGGCAGCGACAACCUUCCCUCCCCGAACGGGGGUGGCGACAAGCCUUUCUAAGCCGCUGCAGCCUGCCGGGCAGUGGACCCAGUUCAUGCCCCCGUCAGCACCGCGGAGCCGCUGCCCAGAUGCGUCGGACUGUUGGUGCUGCCACCUGUGCCCUGGUUGCCGGCUGGUGUGGCUGAGUCUCCUCAUGGACACUUUCCUCGGUUCUGGCGCCAGCCUUCCUGGCGCAGGAAGUGGACAGGGUGGUGAGUGCCCGGCUUUCGGGACUCUGGUUCCCGCUGCUGCGUGUGGGCAGAGGACUGGGAGGCCCGUCCCAGGAGGGCGCCCAGGGAGCCCACUGCCCUGCAGCUGCUUUGCUGGCCAGGGUGGCGUCGGCGCUCCGGGGCCCUCCAGAAGACAGGUGGUUCCAGCAGCUGCCUGGCACUGCACUAGUGAUUGAGCUUUGACUGAGGCAGAGUCUUUAUUUUUUAAACGCAGUGGACUUUCCAGAAAUUAAAACUAAGCCAAGCAGCUUUAUAACCUUGUAGAGAAUAUCGUUUCCUUGGACUCCAGCUGAAACACAAGCCUUACAUCGCCGUAUGCUGUCUGACCAUCCGCAGAUGUGUGGGGGCCGCGCCUAGUGGGGCUCUGCGUGCUCUGUGGCCUUUGGCACGGUGCUUGCUUCUCUGGACACUGUCCCUAGGCAUGAAGCUGGCUCCUGUGUCUUCCUCUGCUUUCUGCGGGGCUUACGGGCCUCGGGUGGGUUGCAGGGACAGGAGUCACCUGCUGCCUCGACUGCAGCGCCGUGUGUGGCCACAUGGCCAUGGCCCCUGCCUGUCAGCUGCCCCUGGAUGUGGCCUAGGUGUCGGGUCAGCUGGAAUUCUGCCUUCCCUCUGCCUGGGAGCUGUGGAAGUCCCUGCCCUGCUGGAGGCUGCUGCCCUUGUGGUGUCUUAUUCCGGGCUCUGCCUGUCCACCUGCUUGGCUGGAGGAGAUGUCCACAGACACUUAGGGUGGCCCUGCGGGGCCUGGUCUCCGCAGUAUGUGUUGGCAGGUGCAGGGCCUGGUGGUGCCCUUUCCAGUUCAGCUGGACGGUAAAGGCGCUCUGCUGUCCAGCUGCCUCUCAGCCCCUCUCAGUGUGGGUCUCCAGGAACGACGGCUCCAGUGGCCACCGGGAGCAUGCGAGGUCAGGGACAGUCGCCACAUGGAGGUGGCCAGGCAGAGUUCAGACUUGGAGGUACAGAGGUACAUCUGAUGUGCACCCAGCUCUCUAGCUCUGCCCUUGCUGGGCAGCUGGGGGCCCUUUCUUUCCUGGCCGGUGGAGAUGUGCUCUGAGAAUAUGGAGGACAGUUGGUGGUGUGCUGGGCAGAACCUCUGGCCCCGGGGAGGAGCAAAGCUUCCUCAGUGUCUCUGUCGGGGGACCAGUGUCUGCCCAGCACCCGCCAUUUGGCAGAUGACCGUCCUUACAAACAUUUGUAAUAUACUUUUUAUAUAUCAUGCAUCUUGCUCAUUUUAUUUUCAGGAUUAUUAAGAAUUUCUAUGCUAUUAUGUGGCAUUCAAUAACAUUUAAUAAAUGUUCUGUUCCUGUGUUCUUGC